CGUGGAACGAGGAAAAGGCUGAGGGUUAGGGUUUCAGGCUUUCAGCCCAUUUCAGGGUAUCAUUCGGCGCAGUCUGGUGCAUGCCGCAUGGAGCUUUUCCAUCCUUUCCUUUACUUCACGAAAGACUCAUUUCCAAACCCUCUCCGUUGUCGACAUUGCAUUUGCGCUGUAGGCGACGACGAAUCUCAAAGCUCCAGCGAGCGAAGUGUGGGUCAUGGAAUCGAUCUUGAUCAAAUUUCAAGCUUACGAAAGCGUCUUUUUGAAUUCCUCCUUCGUAAACAGUCCCAAGAACCCUGGAGGAUGCUUUGGAGUCUUCGAAGGUCUUUAGUUGGAGGACAGUCUCCGUUUCCUCACGCUUGAGUGGUGUCAAUUAGGCAGGAACAGGAAUCAGGUAACAGAGGCGUUUCUAGUACAGAGGAAUUGAAAGUACAAACAACAAAAGGCAGCCAAGAUGAGAGCGGUUGAUGGAAGAUUCUGUGAGCAAUUUUCACCUGCUUAUUACGGGGUUUGCACUAUGGGAGGAAUGCUCGGUGCUGGGAUGACCCAUCUCGCUAUUACUCCUCUGGACGUCUUGAAAGUGAAUAUGCAGGUGAACCCCAUCAAGUAUAAUAGCAUUUAUUCUGGGUUGAAUAUCCUCUUGAGGGAAGGAGGCCCUUCUGCCCUUUGGAGAGGUUGGACUGGGAAGUUUCUUGGAUAUGGUGUUCAAGGUGGCUGCAAAUUUGGUCUAUAUGAAUAUUUCAAGAAUCUUUACUCUGAUGUGUUGGUAGAUCAGAACAGGAGCCUGAUCUACUUCAUCAGCAGUGCAUCUGCUCAGGUGUUUGCUGAUGUUGCUCUCUGCCCUUUUGAAGCCAUCAAAGUUCGUGUUCAAACACAACCUAAUUUUGCUAAGGGCUUGGGUGAUGGAUUUCCAAAGGUUUAUGCAAUUGAAGGCCUAUCUGGCUUUUACAAGGGCCUUGGUCCGCUUUGGGGUCGGAAUCUUCCAUUUUCUAUGAUCAUGUUUUCGACGUUUGAGCAUUCAGUGGACUUUUUAUAUCGUAAAAUCAUUCGAAGAAGGAAAGAAAACUGCUCAAAAGCUCAACAGCUGGGGGUGACAUGUUUAGCUGGCUAUACAGCUGGAGCUGUUGGUACCUUUAUUUCUAAUCCUGCGGACAAUAUUGUUGCAUCUCUUUAUCACAAAAAAGCUGAUAGUGUGGUGCAGGCUGUGAAGAAUAUUGGGCUUGUCAAUUUGUUUACAAGAAGUCUACCUAUCAGGAUCACAUUUGUGGGACCAGUUGUAACCUUGCAAUGGUUAUUCUAUGACACCGUUAAAGUAUUAACUGGAAUGCCGACAAGUGGAGAUCUUAAAAGUCACUUAGAAGAAGUGAACUAAAAAGCUUAAGCUGUAAAUGAGCAAUCAUAGUUCAACCAUGUUAAACCCUUUUCUACUUCAGUUUAGUUGUCACAAUAAGGCUUGCCAAUGACAAUGCAAAUUGCGUUGAAAUCAUUGGCGGUUGAUACUACUUCAGCAGUGGCACUAUUUUUCGACUCCAAUCAAUUUUCCUUGGUGCAGUUCAUUGUGGUGACAAACUUAACUCUCACUCCUGUUUGAGCAGUCAGUACCCACUUCUUCCUCAUAGUUCAGAAAUAUGUUGAAUUAGUAUGUUUUAUAGGAUUCUCUCACCCCAACCCCCAACCCCCACCCCCCUCCCCCCUCCCCCC